UGACCUCACUGUACCUGUUCUGUUGUCCAUAAUUCUUUCCCAAUUUGUCCAUGUCUACAAGGUGUUGCGCUGCCAUGCCUCUAGGAGCACUCUGCCUGCUAGCGAUCCUCACCGUUCUCGUCUUUUCGUUGGUGUCUAGCACUUUGAGCGGCGGUGGCGAUACAGGUACAGGCGACACGGGUAAAAAAGGCGGCGGCGGCGGCGGCAACGGCGGCGGCUACGACGCGGGAUUGACUUCAACAGAGGAGCCAUACGUGCCUGAUUUUGAUUAUGUGACAACAACAGGAGUUCCUACAACAACGUCGUCUACGACGUUGACGCCGACAACAACAUCGUCCACGACUACAACUUCUACAACGACAUCGACGACGACUACGACGUCUACAACGACAUCGUCGACGACUACGACAUCUACAACAACAUCGUCGACGACUACGACGUCUACAACAACAUCGUCGACGACUACGACGACUACAACGACGACGACGACUACUACAACGACUACAACGACGACGACUACGACAACUACAACGACGACGACUACGACAACUACAACGACUACGACAACUACAACGACGACGACUACGACAACUACAACGACUACAACGACGACGACACCGACGCCGCCGACGACAGUGCCAGCGCCAUCGACGAUCUCACCGGCAGAGCUGGAUCGGUUGGUACGGACGCGGCCAAUCACCGUCAUGUUUGCCGGGGACAGCAGCUACAAGAUCCUCACGACGAGGGACUUUGGCCUCUAUGCGCAGAGCCACCUGAAUCUGGUAAAUAUGAUCUCUGCAGAUAAGAGUGUCCCCAUGAAGACGAAGGUGUACAAGAUUCACGUGUUCACAGACCAACAAGAGCAGAAGUAUUUCCAACCUUUUAAUCACAGCCAACAAAAUGUCACCUAUCAGGCUGUAGAUAAGACUACAACGAUGCAAGCACUCGUACAGUUCGUUGGUGAAAAUGAAGACGCUAAAAAGGCGGACCUCCUGGUUGUACUCACCAAGUACGUCCUUUUGAAGCAGACCGAAGGAGAAACGACAAGAAAGAGCUUUGGCUACCAGUACAGCGACAAGCUUUGCCAAUCAGAGAAGAUAGCGAUUUAUGAAGAUUCGCCGUUUUCCUAUUCUGCCGCUCCAAGAUUACAGAACAGCAUACAAGUGCUGUGA